AUGGGCUUUCCUAAGAGUUGUUCUUGGAGCUGGAAAAAACUUCUGCAUCUUAGAGAAGUUGCCAAGGAGUUGUUGAGUUUCAAAGUGGGAACGGGCCAUAACAUUUCUCUUUGGUUUGAUGCAUGGCACCUGGAUGGUAGACUGAUUGAUAAUUAUGGUUUUCGGGCUGCUUAUGAUUCUGGCCUUAGUCGGAAUGCUUGUGUCUCCACUGUUCUACACGAAGGUUCCUGGAAUUGGCCCCCUGCUAGAUCAGGUGAUCUGGUGGCUAUUCAGGUUGUAUGGCAUCCCAUGGCUAUUCCUCGACAUGCUUUCAUAUUGUGGCUGGUUUUUAGACAGGCCAUUGCGACUAAGGAGAAAAUGUGUGGCUGGGCAUUUAUGGGGCAUACCUUAUGUAGGUUCUGUUUUCAUGUGCAAGAAUCGAUUGAUCAUCUUUUUUUCCAAUGUGGCUUUAGUCGCCAUAUUUGGCGAAACCUUAUGGCGGAUUGCUCAAGUCCUAGUCCUAUUGUUAGCUGGGAUGAUAUUGUGUUGUGGGCUUGUAGUCUUAAGGGUAAGGGGCUGCACACCACUCUUUGUAAGCUUGGUUUGGCUGCAGCUGUUUAUCACAUUUGGAGGUUGCAAAAUGAGUUUUGUUUUGGAAAUUCCCCCUUGACAGAGGAAGCCUUGGUUGCUCGGAUCAAAUGGGAUGUUAGGACUAAGGUGUUGACCCGAAAAUUCAAGAGAUCUCCUCUUGAUAGGCAGCUUUCGGCUUUAUGGAUGUUAUAG